GCGGUGGGUCGUCAGGGCGACUGAGGAAAAAGAGAGUAGGAGUGUAGGGCCUGGCAGGCGAAGCGAGGUUGUGGACUGCUGGGCGGGUUCGCCGGGCGGUGUUCAGAGAGCUGCGGAGCCGGGGCGCAUUGGGUUCACGCCACACUCCAGCUAGUGGGCCAGCCAGCGAGACCCGCGGUCCGGGACCAUGGGCUGCUUCUUCUCCAAGAGGCGGAAGGCUGAGAAGGAGUCGCGGCCCGAGAACGAGGAAGAACAGCCGAAGCAGUAUAGCUGGGACCAGCGCGAGAAGGUGGAUCCAAAAGACUACAUGUUCAGUGGACUGAAGGACGAAACAGUAGGUCGCUUACCUGGGAAAGUGGCAGGACAACAGUUCCUCAUUCAAGACUGUGAGAACUGUAACAUCUAUAUUUUUGAUCACUCUGCUACAGUUACCAUUGAUGACUGUACUAACUGCAUAAUUUUUCUGGGACCCGUGAAAGGCAGUGUAUUUUUUCGGAAUUGCAGAGAUUGCAAGUGCACAUUAGCCUGCCAACAAUUUCGUGUACGGGAUUGUAGAAAGCUGGAAGUCUUUUUGUGUUGUGCCACUCAACCUAUUAUUGAGUCUUCCUCAAAUAUCAAGUUUGGCUGUUUUCAAUGGUACUAUCCUGAAUUAGCUUUCCAGUUCAAAGAUGCAGGGCUAAGUAUUUUCAAUAAUACCUGGAGUAACAUUCAUGACUUUACACCUGUGUCAGGAGAGCUCAACUGGAGCCUUCUUCCAGAAGAUGCUAUGGUUCAAGACUAUGUUCCUGUACCUACUACUGAAGAGCUCAAAGCUGUCCGCGUUUCUACAGAAGCCAGUAGAAGCAUCAUUCCAAUAUCCCGUGGUCAGAGACAGAAGAGCAGUGAUGAAUCAUGCUUAGUAGUUUUAUUUGCUGGUGAUUAUACGAUUGCAAAUGCCAGGAAACUAAUUGAUGAGAUGGUUGGUAAAGGCUUUUUCCUAGUUCAGACAAAGGAAGUAUCCAUGAAAGCUGAGGAUGCACAAAGGGUUUUUCGGGAAAAGGCACCUGACUUCCUUCCCCUUCUAAACAAAGGUCCUGUUAUUGCCUUGGAGUUUAAUGGAGAUGGUGCUGUAGAAGGAUGUCAACUUAUUGUCAAUGAGAUAUUCGAUGGGACCAAGAUGUUUGUAUCAGAAAGAAAGGAGACAGCAUCUGGAGAUGUAGACAGCUUCUACAACUUUGCUGAUAUACAGAUGGGAAUAUGAAGUGCAAUGUGGAACCAAGGACUUGGUAUUAAGCCCUUUCCAACUUGUGUAUAUAGAGUUUGAUAAUAUGCUUUUGUGGAUUAGCAGUGGUUUUUACUAAUGCUAAAAUUGCUAAAGUUUAUUUUUUAAUAAAUUUUGAAUACUGCAUCA